AUGCAGUUUCUUGCGGCCUUAUUUGGGAAAGCAUUGGAUGUCUUGGUGCCACGUGUUCGACGUCAUGUGGCUUACCUUUGCAGCUACAGAAGCAAUGUUGAAAAGCUGAAAGAACAUGUUCAAAGGGUGAAAGUUGAAAAGCAGAGUAUGAAUGAUCGAGUUCAAGAAGCUGAGCGAAAGGGGGAGAAUAUUCAAGAACGUGUUACCAGCUGGCUGACGAAGGUGGAUGAGAAAAUCACUGAAAUUGAUGUGUUUCUGGAAGAUGAAGGCCAUCUGAAGACCGGGUGCUCUACUGGUUUUCCCAACUUGAAGUUAAGGCAUCAGCUUGGUAGAAAAGCGAAGAAGAUGAUUCCACAGUGCGUUGAGCUGCUUCAACAUAAGAACUUCACUACAAUUUCUCAUCGUUCGGAGCCAGAAGCAAUAGAUGUUGCUCUUUCUGACGAUGGGUAUGAAUCAUUUAGCUCAAGAAAAGCUAUUACGGAGGAGGUUAUGAAUUCCCUGAGAGAUCCCAAAUCUAAAAUGAUUGGUAUCUAUGAGCAGGGAGGUGUUGGCAAAACCACAUUAGUUAAAGCAAUUGCAAGGAAAGCUAAAGCAAAAAAGCUAUUCAAUCUUGUGAUUAUGGUAAAUAUAACAAUCACUCCUGAUGUAAGAAAGAUUCAAGGAGAAAUGGCAGACAUGUUGGGGUUGAGAUUAGAUGAUGAAAGUGAGAUUGGAAGAGCAGGUCGUUUGCAACAAAGGUCGAAGAAAGAGAAGGAGAAUGCCCUCCUCAUUUUUGACGAUCUUUGGGCUGGAUUGGACUUGAAUAUGUUGGGUAUUCAGUUUAAGGAUGAUGAUGAUAGCAACUCAUUGAAAGAAAGGAAGUCCUCUAGUGAUUCCAAAAGUUGCAAAAUUUUGUUGACCUCUCGAAGCAAAGAUGUGUUGUUGAGCGAAAUGAAUGCUAAGGAUUCAAUUUUCCCUUUGGAAGUCAUAAAGCAAAAGGAGUCAAAGAAGUUGUUUGACAAGGUAGCUGGAAUAACUAAUCAAGAUUUAGAGUUGAAAUCAUUAGCAACUAAAAUUGUGAAGAAAUGUGCAGACCUACCCUAAGCAAUAGUUGCAGCUGGAAAGGCUUUAAAGAAAAAUCAACACAAAUUUGCAUGGGAAAAUGCACUACAAUAAAUCGAAGUGAAUGGAGUACUAGAGCCUGUGGAGUUUUCUACAAAGUUAAGUUAUGAGCAACUGAAAAGUGAAGAACUCAAGUCUAUUUUCUUACUUUGUGCUUGUAUGGGUGGGCAUCCUUCAAUUAUGGAUUUAGUAAAAUAUUGCAUUGGCUUGGGCAUAUUUCAAGGAGUCAACUCAGUAAAAGAAGCCUGAGAUAGAACAAAUACUUUGAUCAACAAGUUAAAAGACUCAAGUUUGUUGAUGAAUAUCACCUCCUAUGAUUGUGUCACUAUACAUGAUAUGAUUCGUGAUGCUGCCCUAUCAAUAGCAUCUAAGGAACAAAAUGUGUUCAUACAAAAAUAUGGCAAACUCGAUCAUUAGCCUGACAACAAUAGCUUUGAAAGAAGGACUAGAGAAUACUAGCAAUGAUGUAAAAGAAGAUAGCAUUGAGUUGCCUCAAUUGCGCUCUUUGACGUUGCAAUCUUUACCAGCAUUGACUUGUUUCUACGUUCAUGACAAGAUGGUUCCAUUCUUUAACGCAAAGAUUUCACUUCCCAACAUAGAGAGCUUGGAGUUGUCUUCAAUCAACAUCAAGAAGGUAUGGGGUAACCAACCUUUGCCAAGUCCCUGCUUCCAAAAUCUAACAAAAUUGAAGGUUGACAAUUGUAGUGGUAAUUUAAAAUAUUUGUUUUCACUAUCAAUGGUUGGGAGUUUGAUGAAAUUGCAAAGCCUUAUUGUUACAAGAUGUAGAAGCAUGAAGGAUAUAUUUAACCUAACAGACAUUAGUAAGGUAAGUAUACAUUGCAUGUGAAUGGAUUAGGCACAAAACUGGGCAUUGCUUCUUUUUUUUUCCUUAUAUAAAUUUGGUUACAAAAUGACAACUUUGGUCCAUGCAUAGGAGGUUGAUGUCUUUUCACAAUUGAGGAAAUUUGAAAUUACCAACAUGGAGGAGCUAAAAACUAUAUGGCAUCCCCAAGCUGCCCUACGUUCCUUUGGCAAUCUAGAAUCUUUGGUUAUCAAUCAUUGCGACAAACUUGUCUCUAUUUUCCCUCCUUACAUGGUGGGAAGAUUUCCUCAUCUUGAUAGAUUGAAUGUUUGGUGUUGCAAAUUAAUUGAAGAGAUUUUUGACCUCUAGCCUACUCCACAAAAAAGUGAUGGGAAUGAUACAUGCUUGCGAUCUAUCUCUUUAAUCUCCCUAUGUUGAAACAUGUUUGGAAUAAAAAUCCUCAAGGAAUUCUUGACUUCAAAAAUCUGCAAGAUGUUCAUAUCUAUGGAUGCCCAAGCUAAUUAGAGUAUUUAUUCCCUUUUUCCGUUGCCACUAAUCUUCUAAAACUAGAGAUGUUUAACAUAUCAAAUUGUAAGUUGAUUAAGGAUAUUGUAGCCAAGGAUGA